AUGGAAAACCCAGAACCCAUUACUCACAAGAAAACUCUGAGAAGAAGCAGUAAUAGUCACAUAUCAAUGUCGGAUACCGAGUCACAAGGGAGUCAAAUUGACUCGUUUCAACCUCCCCUCCGAUCAAACUCUCUUCUCCACUCCAAGGGUCCAGUUUUCUACCCAGAAAAUGAUGUCAACUACAAAAGUGGUAAUGGUGGUAAAAUAUCAUUGUCUGAUUGUAAAGCCCUUGUUCCUGUUGAUUAUUACUACUCCCCUUUACCAUCUCUGGGACAAUCCAUUUUUCCGUCAAGUUCUCUGGCCAAUGGAGGAAAAGGCAGGCAGCCCGAGCCACAAUUGGAAAAGCCCACUUCCGAAAAUGUUGAUUUAAGGGCAAGACCUCCGGCCACCGAAGGUAAGGUCUGGAGAACCUUUUCUCCCUUCACGACUGUGAAUCGUGAGUUUUCAGGGAAGGGCGGACGGGGGCCAACGUCCGUCGUGGCAUUCAACCGAUCUGGAAGGGAGGAGCCGGUGACAAAAAUGGGGCCGGUGGGUGGCGGUGGAGAGGAUGAGGUGGGAGGAGAGAGACCGUCGCGGGCAGCAGUGGCAUCAAUAUUGAGGAGAUCGAAAAGGAAGGUAACGGUGACGAAGGCAGCUUUGGGGUUCAGAGUAUGUGAAGUGAUAGUGUGUUUGAUCUCAUUUUCUGUUAUGGCUGCUGAUAGAACUCGAGGAUGGAGUGGUGAUUCGUUUGAUCGAUACAAAGAGUACAGGUAUUGUGUAGCCGUGAAUGUCAUUGGAUUUGGAUAUUCGGGAUUUCAAGCGUAUGAUCUUACCUAUCAUUUGGUCUCAGGGAAACAUGUCUUCUCUCACUAUCUACGUUACCAUUUUGAUUUCACAAUGGAUCAGAUUCUGGCAUAUCUCAUAAUGUCGGCAUCAUCUUCAGCAGCAACAAGGGUGGACGGAUGGACAUCUACUUGGGGGAAAGAUGAGUUCAUGAUAAGGGCAAUUGCAUCCAUUGCAAUGUCUUUUCUUGCUUUCAUUACCUUUGCCUUGAGCUCUAUUAUAUCUGGCUACAACCUCUUCAACCAAGAAGCAGUUUAA